ACCCACAGCUGCGGGACACCCACAGCUGCGGGACACUCACAGCACUUUGACUUUUUCUGUCUUUGGUUUAUGCUGAGCUACUUUUUUCCCCCAUACUGGUUUGUAGUUACAAGUUUUACCAGGGACAAGCAGGGUCCCGAGUUGGCCACCGAAUGCCAUGGCAAGCCUGAGGAUGAUGAGGCGCAGGACAUAGCAUGUGUGACAGUUGUUUUGCUCUCUUUCCCAGGAGCACAGAGGGAGAGAUGCUGAGGAAAUGGCAGGCAGUACUGGCCAUCGCCUUCCUGCUGGUCACAUCUUCCGUCCAGGGCAUCAGUGAGCUGCAUUCCGGCGAGAGGAGGACGCUCUUGGAUCUCCUAGUGCAGGUCAUUGGGGACAGUAGCGCUAGCAGAGAGAGUGAAAGAGUCAUUACUAGGCGGUACAGCGAGGGAGCCGCUUACUCUGCGGAGCCAGCCGCUUUCACACGCACCAACAGCAAGAGACCCUCAGAAUUAUUUUCCAGAGAUUCUAAUCUUAAAGAAAAGUUCAUAAAUCAUUUUACAGCGGGUCCAGCUAUAUACUCAACAGAGUGCAGCAAGCAAGUCCAUCGACUCUACCAUAAUACAAAAGACUGUACAACACCAGCAUUAUAUAAAAGAUGUGCAAAGCUGCUAACAAGGCUGUUUAGAAACCGGGUAUGCUCACAGCCCUAGGAAGCUGAUAUCUAGAACUCUGAUUUGCCAAGAAUGUGCCUUGAAAUCGGACGUCUAUACCAUGAUGAUAUGAGUUGCUGUUUUCAUCUUUUUCUUUAUGUUGAACAUUCCAUAGUCAUGUGAAUAAAACAUUUUUAACACAUUGCCCAGGGCCGAAGAAAUUUAACUAUUUAUUUAAAUACAUUGUAUAUAAUAUUUACUAAUAAUAUACUAAAUAUAUGUAAUAACCAC